GUGCUUCUAUUUUCAAUGCUACCGGUUAAGACGUAUACUGCCAGGUUUAGCCAAGGCUAGCUUGAAAAACGUAAAAUUUGCGACAUUUUGAAUUCGUCAUAAAUCGGCGCCAAAGGUUGAGCUGUGUAGGUUUGUGUCUUGCUAUUUAUUUUCGGGAAUGCAGCGCCCUACGUUUAGACAACCUCCUCCUCCAUAUAUUGGUAAUGGAGCUGGUAAUCGAUCGGGGGGUGCUUCUCCAUAUGGUGGUAAUGCAGCUGUUAAUAGAUCUGGAGGGUAUUGGAGUCCCUCUUCUGUACAGCAGGGUGGGAAUCACUCAAGUGGAAUGAUGCCGCCGUCAUCUAGGGGUUUUCCUUCUUCAUAUACUCCACCUUUUGGGCAGAAACAUCGGCCUUAUUCGGUACGAUCCCCUGGGACUCCUCCAGAAAACUAUUAUAAAUACAACAGCCCUUCUCCUGGACAAGCAUCUCAACGGGGGAGUCCCAGGUCUCCCUAUUCAAAAUCACCAGGAUCGUAUCAGAUGCAGGGAUAUUCGCCAGGGCAUCAGAAAAAAUAUCAGGGGUCACCCAGAACUUCUACACCAUUUGGUCCACAGUAUGGUCGAGAUAGGCGCAAAUCUGAUGUGGAGAACUAUUACAAGCCUUCAAUGGUUGAGAACCCAUGGGCUGGUCUAGAGCCUGUUUCUGUUACAGAUGUAAAACAGCAGUACAAUGUGGAGCAAACAACAAACACUGGUAGAAGGGGGAGAUAUUUCAGUUAGUGCAUCCAUUGGAUCAUGUCCAGGACUGCUUGCUUCUGCAGAUGCAUGAGAGGAAGGGUUUUCAUAAGGCCUUACUCAGCUGUCAACAAAGGAGUGACGCAUCUUUGUAACGGAUUUAAAUUUCUUAAGAUCUUAGAAAUGCUCUGUCUGAAGAGCAAACAUCAGUCACCAGCACUUUUUUAUUUUUUUAUUUCCAAAUAGGUUUCAAAAGCUGAUCAUACUUGUGCAAAAUGGAGACCAGAGUAUAAACUUACCCUCUUUUGUAAGUUUGAUGGGAGUUGGAGAUACAUUUUUGAUUUACAAUAUUUUUAAUUUUAACAUGAUAUGAAGUUGUUGAGAUUUAAGAAAAAAGUUGUUUUAUGCUUGUGUUUACUAUUUUAUAAGAAUUUUUAUUAUAACUCCAAUGUCAGAACUUUAGAUGAAAAAAAUCUGCAAUAGCUGGUUUGUCUUUAUAGAGCAACUUCUGUUAUUUAGUUUGAAUAAUUUAUACUUUUGUCCAAAUGCAUGCCUUAGCUGUAGCUGCAGUCAACAGUUUGUAUUUUACUAGCAUUCACUGAGGCAAAAUUUAGUGUUUUUUUUUUUUUUUUUUUUUACCUCCUUAUGGAAAAUAACCUUAAUUGUUUAAAAAAAAAGUCUGCAUCCCUUAGCUGUUUAAAUACACCACAUGUUUUAAUUGACUUUUGUACAGGUUAUAUGUUUUUCUUAAGUCUAAUAAUCAAUAAAACAGAUUGUUUAAUUUUUUAACAGUUGAUAUCACCUGUUUGAAUAUUGUUCAAAGUGCAAACAAAGAAAAAUUGCAUUUGAAUGGAUUCCAUUAUUGGAAACUUGUUUUAAUAUAUCCUCACAAUUUUGAGGGCAACAAUAAAUGAGUUUUACAUAA